AUGGGUAAGGGAAUGAAGAAGCACCAGAAGCGCCUUAGCGCGCCCUCGCACUGGCUCCUGGACAAACUGUCCGGUGUCUACGCACCCAAGGCCUCCCCCGGCCCGCACAAGUCCCGCGAGUGCCUGCCGCUCAUCAUCUUCCUGCGCAACCGCCUCAAGUACGCGCUCAACUUCCGCGAGACGCGCGCCAUCCUGCAGCAGCGCCUGAUCAAGGUCGACCACAAGGUCCGCACGGACAUGACCUACCCCACUGGCUUCAUGGACGUCAUCGGCAUCGAGAAGACGGGCGAGAACUUCCGUCUGAUCUACGACACCAAGGGCCGCUUCACCGUCCACCGCAUCCAGGAGGAGGAGGCUGAGUACAAGCUCGGCAAGGUCCGCCGCGUCCAGCUCGGCCGCGGUGGCAUUCCAUUCUUGGUUACGCAUGAUGCGAGAACCAUCCGCUACCCUGACCCGGCCAUCAAGGUCAACGACACCGUCAAGAUCGAUCUUGCCACUGGCAAGAUCACCGACUUUGUCAAGUUCGACACCGGCGCCCUGGCCAUGGUCACCGGCGGCCGCAACAUGGGUCGUGUUGGUGUCAUCACCCACCGUGAGCGCCACGACGGUGGUUUCAACAUUGUCCACCUCAAGGACGCCAUCGACAACUCGUUCGCCACCCGUGAGGCCAACGUGUUUGUCAUCGGCACGGAGAAGCCGUGGAUCUCGCUGCCCAAGGGCCGCGGUGUCAAGCUGUCGAUCGCCGAGGAGCGCGACCGCCGGCGCGCCAAGGGCAACUAA